UUCCCUUCCUUCCUUCCCUCUUUCUCUCCCAUCUCCAGCAGAGCAGGCUAAGGGCAAGGCAAGGCAGGGAGAAACCCAGGCCUCUCUGCCGGGGGAUGGAGCAUCCAACCUGGACAGAGGAAGAGGAGCAAGAAGGAGGAGAAGGAGAAGAGGAAGAGAGAAGGCCAGGCACCCAAUGGCGGCAGUUCUGGACGCUGAAUCUCUUGGUGGAGACGAAUGUCUGGAAGAAGAUGAGGAAGAGCUCGAGACGAGUCUAGAGGACCCAGAGACGGAGAACGUGGGGAAAUUCAUUCCUGGAGGACGUGGCUGCUGCAUCUUGACCCGCCGUGGCAUCACUUUGCGUGUCCUCCUCAAAGAUGGACUGAUCGAACCUGGAGAAGGGGUGCUUUCUAUUUACUACUUGGGGAAGAAGUUCUUGGGCGACUUGCUGACGGACGGCAAGAUUGUUUGGCAGGAGACGGGGCAGGUCUUCAACUCCCCCAGCGCCUGGGCAACCUACUGCAAAAAGCUGGUCAAUCCGGCCAAGAAGUCCGGCUGCGGCUGGGCUUCGGUCAAAUACAAGGGCCAGAAGUUGGACCAGUACAAGGCUGUCUGGUUGAAGAAAUACCAGCCCAACGCUCCCCCUGCAGAGGAGAGUUUGGUGAGUGAAGGAGAAGAGGAAGAGUUGGCAGAGGAGGAGGAAGACGAGGCCAAAGGGGUCAAGUCGUCCCUCUCAGAGUCCUUGCUGGGCAAGAAAGUGGAAGAAAAGACCCGAAAACAGCAAGGUAAAAGCCUCGCAGAAUUGCAUGGCACAGAUCACAGCAAGAAGCUAGACUAUCGGAACCGAGUACCGGUCCGCUAUUGCAACUUGGGGAAUCGAGAUUCUGCCAGGAGUCCUCACACUUUGGUAGAAGUGACCUCCUUUGCAGCUCUUAACAAAUUCCAGCCUUUCAAUGUCGCUAUCUCCAGCAACGUCCUUCUGCUACUGGACUUUCACAGUCAUUUAACCAAAAGCGAAGUGGUUGGUUACCUGGGCGGCCGAUGGGACAUCAACAGCCAACUGUUGACAGUACUGAGGGCAUUUCCUUGCCGAUCUCGUCUCGGAGAUGGGGACCUGGCCGCAACUGUGGAGGAGGAGAUCUGCCAGAACCUCUUCCUCCGAGGGCUCUCCUUGGUGGGCUGGUACCAUAGCCACCCUUUUGGUUACGCUCUCCCUUCGCUGCAGGACAUCGACACCCAGAUGGACUACCAGCUGAAGCUGCAGGGAACCAGCAACAGCUUCCAGCCCUGCUUGGCUCUCAUCUGCGGGCCUUACUUCCCAGGCAACCAAGGUGCGGAGUCGAAGAUCUCCCCUUUCUGGGUCAUGCCUCCUCCAGAGCAAAGACCGUACGAUUAUGGCAUCCCCAUGGAAGUGGAAGUCACCUACGUCCAAGACGGGUUCCUGACCAACGACAUUCUCCAUGAGAUGAUGUUGCUGGUGGAGUUUUACAAAGGAGCUCCAGACGUGGUGAAGUUUCAAGAGAUGUGGAAUCAGGAGCAGACCUACUUGGAUAAGCUCAAGGGCUCUCUGGCUUCCAGGACACCAAAGGACCAAGGUUUCGGACACAUCCUGGAACAAGUCUACAGCGUCCUCAAACACAGCAGCUGAUGCCAGGCUCUGGAAAGAAGUCAUUCUUGUUUCUUUGUGUGUUUAAGAGUGAGAUGGAUACUCUCAUGGGAGCCGCAACACCGUGUUGGAUUGUGGAUGGGUCAGAAGGGGGUACAAGUCUGUUUUCAUUUUUCUUGAAGUCCCAAUAUUUGUCCUAGUCUAGAAGGAGACCUUGGUGUAGCGGAAAGUCUUGGCAGCCGGGGUCUACCUUUUUGAAGUUAGUCGAGGAUGGAGACCAAUUUUACCUUGGAAUAUCGGAAGUGACAUUACAUCACUUCUGGGUGCCAGUUUUCAUCCUUUCGGAGGGUGGGCAAGCUAGUAUCACCACAUUUAGGGGGCAGCUGGACCUCUCCAAAGAUAGUCUGAACCGCUCCCUGCUGGGAAUGCUUUAGCUGGCGAUCCUGCAUUGAGCAAAGGGUUGGAUUUGUUGGCCUCUGGGGUCCCCUUCCAACUCUGUGGUACCGUAUAUACAUGACUAAAGGUCGACCUCAUGUAUAAGUCGAGGGCAGGUUUUGGGGCCAAAAUUCAAUUUCUCAUUUUGGAAGUUAGUCCAAGCCCAAUACGAGUCCCAUUCCCCUCCUGUGUUGUUAGAAAACAGGCAAAAGAGGCCAACAGGCUGCCUUCAAACAUUUAAUAUUUUCAUUUUUUUUAAUUCAAGGAUACAAAACGAAACGGAAGAAAAAAAUAAUUCAUGAACAAGAAUGAAAGAAGGUGUGCUUUUUGUUUUCUUUCUCAAUAAAUUGUCCAGACGAA